AUGACUUCGGGCCAGACCGCUCAACGAAAAGAUGGUUCCUGGCACACGUUCGCCGAACAGGUGCAGCAAGCGGUGGAUAACCUAGCCAGAGCGCUGGAUGCCGGUGGUGCGUCUGCACGGGAUGUUGUGAAGCUCGUAUUCUACCCUGUGGAUUGGUCCAUGGAUCUAGCCGAAGACCUCGUCGGCCCGAUCUUGCGCCUCCUCUCUGAGAAGCACGGAGCCCCGCACCAGCCUCUGACUACAUUGGUACCGGUCCCGAAGCUUGCCUAUCCGGAAGCAAAAUUUGAGAUUGAGGCGGUGGCUUUGGUCGGAGGCACUUCUGAGCCAUGGAGAGACUCCAAGAGCGAGGGCUAUUCUGCACCUCCCGCUGAGGUUGAUGUCGUCGUGGUGGGCGGUGGAUUCUCUGGCAUGGCCGCAGCUUCUCGAUGCCACGAUGCUGGCCUGAGUACGGUUGUGCUGGAGGCUAAAUCGCGCAUUGGUGGCCGCAGUCGGUCCCAUCACCUGGACUCUGGCUCUGGUGUCGUUGAGAUGGGAGCGACGUGGAUCAACAAGACCACCCAGCCUGAGGUCUACGCAUUGACUCGGAGGUUUGGAUUGGAGACGGCCGAGCAAUAUACUGAAGGCGAUGAGGUCUUCCAAGGAGUUGAUGGCAAGGUUGGACCUACCGAGAAAGAUCGCGAGCAAGAGCAGAUCCUGGCUAGCGCAUUGAUAGAGCGCCCGGAGGCAUUAAAUAUCCGCAAGUGGCAUGAUUUUCCCGCUGAAGAGGAUGUCACUUUUGCGGAAUGGGUGACUGAGAUUUGGUGCACUGGAGAUCAUGCCCAACAUGUCGCCAAUCAUCUCUGCAGUGCAAUUGUCGGGCGCGGCUCGGAUGUCGUAGGAGCGCAUUACUUCCUGGACUAUGUGAAGUCCGGCUUGGGCUUCAUCAGCCUUAUAACCGAAGGUGAAAUGGGUGCCCAGUCCUUGAAGGUGAAGAAGGGGAUGUCCGAGAUCGCGUACGCUCUCGGGCGAUCUUUGAAGCCAGGAUCUAUUUGGCUGAACAGUCCCGUCGACAGUAUUGUGCAGCGUCACGGGUGCUGCCACGUCACCACGACAGCUGGAGCUUCAUUCAAGGCUCGAAAGGUGAUCAUGGCUAAUCCUACCAAUACGUAUACCAACAUCCGAUUCUCACCUCCGCUUCCGUCUGGGAAGAGGGCGCUCGUCUCUCGCACAAAGCCGGGGCACUAUGCUAAAGUGAUUGUCUCGUACAAAACAGCCUGGUGGAGAGAAGCUGGACUUGUGGGGAAGUUCACGAGUUUCAAGGGCCCAAUCUGUUUCUCCUGGGACACUUCAGACCCAGGCAACAAUCAGUACUCUCUCGCAAUUUUCAUUGCGGGCGACAUUGCUUAUAAGUGGCACCAACUUCCCUCGCUCCAGCAAGAGGAAGCCGUGGUGGACCAUCUUGCCGAGCUGGUAGGCCGAGAACUGGCAGAAAAUGCAGUUAAUGUCUUGGAAAUCAACGUCAUGGAAUGGACCAAAGAAGAGCAUAUCUGGGGUGCACCGACAUCUGCCAUAGGACCGAAGCUGCUCUCAAAGCACAGUCAAGAGCUCCGACAGCCUUUUCGAGAUAUCCAUUUUGCUGGCGGUGAAACGGCCUUUGAGUGGAAGGGUUAUCUGGAGGGUGCAAUCACUGCUGGGUACAGAGCCGCAGAGGAGGUUCAACAAGCACUACAGCCAGAGACAAAGCUUUAG